UCUACAGCCACCGUAGGGAGGAAACUGUGGCUUCAAGUCUCCUAGCAACAAGCCGCGCUGGAAGGGCGGGCACCCAGCUGAUACCUAUCAAGAAACAGGUUGUACCUGGAAAGGACAAAAUGGAGCUAUCAAUGCCCCCGCCUCAGAUCUAUAUAGAAAAAACCCUGGCCAUUAUCAAACCCGAUAUUGUUGACAAAGAGGAGGAGAUCCAAGAUAUUAUUCUCAGAUCCGGAUUCACUAUUGUUCAGAGAAGAAAACUCCAUCUCAGCCCUGAGCACUGCAGUAACUUUUAUGUGGAACAGUAUGGGAAAAUAUUUUUCCCAAAUUUAACAGCUUACAUGAGUUCUGGACCACUGGUUGCCAUGAUAUUAGCUAGACAUAAUGCCAUCUCUUACUGGAAAGAACUUAUGGGACCAAGUAAUAGUUUGGUAGCUAAGGAGACACACCCAGACAGUCUAAGGGCAAUUUAUGGCACGGAUGACCUAAGGAAUGCGCUGCAUGGGAGUAAGGACUUCGCUGCAGCAGAAAGGGAAAUUCGUUUCAUGUUUCCUAAAGUGAUUAUUGAGCCCAUUCCAGUUGGACAAGCUGCUAAGGACUAUUUAAAUUUAUAUGUGACACCAACUCUGCUUGAAGGACUCACAGAGCUUUGUAAGCAAAAACCGACAGAUCCUUUUAUUUGGCUAGCUGAUUGGCUGCUGGAAAAUAAUCCUAACAAACCUAAACUUUAUCAUCGUCAAAUUGCAGAAGAGUUCUAGCCUCUGCUAAAGAAUAGCUCAUGUACUGUCUUAUUGCAAAGUGUGCAUUAUCAGAAAGAUUGAGGUGGGGAAGAGGGAGAAAAGAAAUGAAAAGGGAAUAGAAGAAAUUUAAUUCUUAAGGGUUUAAGGAGCUGCAUAUAAAAUAAAUUAUUUCUUAAAACUAA